AUGGAUUCAAUAAUUAGUGAUAAAUCAAAUCCAGACAGUGAUCUUUAUUUACCACAAACGGAUUCAUUUUGGGAAAUUGGGAAAUAUGGUCGAGUUGUAAAACGAUGUGACGAUGGAAACAAAUUAACAACUGAUCUUAUGAGUAUGAUUAGUGAACGUGCUGAACUUGAGAAAUCAUUUUCAAAAAUGCUUAAAAGUUGGUCAAAAAAAUGGUCUGACUAUGUAGCAAAAUCAUCUGAAUUCGGUUCAAUGACAUCAGCUUGGAAAGCAAUCAUGGCUGAAGCUGAUGCAACAGCUGAAGUUCAUCAAAGUGUUCAUGAUGAUUUACAAAAUGAUGUUAUACCAUCAGUAAAAUUAUGGCAAAAAGGAAAAUAUAUUAAAUCAAUGAUGCAUAUCAAAUCAACAAAAGAAUUCGAUGAAGAUUUUAAACGAGCUCAAAAACCAUGGGCUAAAUUAUAUGCUAAAGUUGAUAAAUAUAAGCGUGAAUAUCAUGUUGCAACAAAAACUCUUAAAACGGCUGAAACACAAGAAAACAAUUCUAAACUUGAUCCUUCAGUUCCAUCAGAACAACGUGCUAAAAUUACUGAAAAAGUUGAACGAUCUCGUAAAGAAAAAGAAACUGCUAAAGCUAAAUAUACCGAAGCACUUCAAGAUCUUAAUCGAGCUAAUCCUAAAUAUAUGGAUGAUAUGAACGAUGUUUUUAUCCGGUGUCAAGCAUUUGAAAAAGAUCGUCUUGUUAAAUUUCAAGAAUUUUUAGCCCAUACUGAAAAAUGUCUUGAUAUCAGUCAUCGAUUGAAAUCACCAAUAUUUCAACAAUUUUCUCAAACAAUUGAAAAUUGUGAUCCAGAUAAAGAUUUAUCAUGGUGGUCGGAUACAUAUGGUGCAACAAUGAAAAUGAAUUGGCCAAUAUUCGAGGAACCAACAAAUCUAGAUCAUUGUCAUCAUCAACAACAAUCGCAAAAUAAUUAUUUUUCUUAUUCUGGUGAUUUAUCGGUGGGUUAUGAUAUAUGCUAUCGACGACCAUUAGCACAGAUUGUUAGUCAAACAAAUGCUGCUGUUUUAGUUGUCGAUUCAUAUGCAACCAUUCGUCGAUCGAUGCGACGAACUGCAGCUGUUGUUACACGCAUUCGUCGAGAUUUUGCUAAGCGUGAAGAGUAUUCAGAAUCACAACGUACACUUUCUCGUCGUGGUAAAGGUGAUCUUGAACGAGAAAGUUCAGUAAUUGUUACUGCUAUUCGUUCAAAUAAUACUGGACCACCAAACUUUGUUUCGUCUUCUGAUAAUCGUCUAUCAAACAAGUAA